AGCGUCACGAGCUGCGCGAGCGAGCCAGGAGGCCAGUCACGUGGCGCCGCGCGCUGUAGUCGCCACGCCCCGCUGCGCGUACGUGCGCGCUCACGCUCAACGCGUGGUUCUUUCACACCGCCGAAGCAGCGACGCGCAGCGCGAGCGUUUCUCUCGCGUGCUUUAAUCUCGCUCUGCGUCUCAGACUCGAGCCCUCUGGUCUAGCGGUGGAGUGGCGCCAGCGGCAGAUCUUUUGGCAGCACAUUGCGGUGGGUUCGAGGUGUUUGUGAGGAGAAAUGGCCACCGAGGUGGAGACUCUCCGACCGAGCAACGCGCUCCCGGAGCAGGAGGAGCGGCGCGGAGGCGCGAAACACGAGAGCAGCAGCCCGGAGGGUGAAGACGACGGCUCUCGGAAGGAGCUCACCGACGCGCCGCCGCCCAAGGUGAACCCGUGGACGAAGAAGAGGAGCGGGCUGAACGGAGGAACGCCGCACGAGCAUUCUGGGCCCACGAAGGUUGUGAAGGCAGGAAACGCGAGAAUGAGACGCGGCGGGAAGGUGGGGGAUUUUGGAGAUACGAACAACUGGCCGACUCCUGGAGAGAUCGCGACGAAGGAAGUUCAGGUGGUGAAGAAGUCAGCGGUCAAACGAGAGUCCAAAGGAAAGAGGGAAAACGAAGAGAGUAAAGAAAACCUGAAAGCCAAAUCGGACGACUCUGGAGAAGAGAAAAACACCGACGAGGAGUCGCAGAGAAAUGGACAGAAAAAGCGAGGAAACAAGCACAAGUGGGUUCCUCUGAGGAUCGAGGUGAAGGCUGAGGGUCCUCGAGAGCGUUCGGCCUCCAGGAAUAACACGCGUCAGUUUGAUGCUCAUCGAGUUCCUCCGAACGGCCGGAACGACCUGAGAGACUGGCACAGUGGGAAGUACGAUCAGGAGUUCAAGGAUGACCAUGAUGAGGUGUCGAGUGUGAAGAGCGAGGGAGCGCCGUACAGAUACACUGCCAGGGGCCGCGGACGGGGCCGGGGCCGGGGACGAGGACGCGGCAGAGGAGCCGGCAGAGACUGGCACAGUGGGAAGUACGAUCAGGAGUUCAAGGAUGACCAUGAUGAGGUGUCGAGCGUGAAGAGCGAGGGAGCGCCGUACAGAUACACUGCCAGGGGCCGCGGACGGGGCCGGGGCCGGGGACGAGGACGCGGCAGAGGAGCCGGCAGAGACACGCUCACUCACUUCGCCGGCCGGUCGCACCGCUGUUUAAUGAGCCGCGGCGUCUGUAAUCUGUGCUGUCUGCUGUUCUUUCAGGCCCUGAAGGACAGUAAGGUGGUGGAGAUCACCGAUAUGAAGAUUCGCUGCAAGGAGGAGCCUGAGAAAUGGCCGCUGCCCGGCCUCGCUUUGCACACAGACUUCUCUCAGCUCAUCGACUGCCCAGAGUUUGUUCCCAGGAACGUUGUGGAGAAGCAGACAGGGUCUCCGAGAGCCUCCGCGCUGGUGCAGUCCAAGACUGAUGAGGUGAGUAACCUGAAGCUGAUGCCAAAGGGCCUGUCUGCCAGCUUGCCCGAUCUGGACUCGGAGUCAUGGAUCGAAGUGAAGAAGAGGCCUCGACCAUCACCGGCACGACCCAAGAAAGCGGAGGAGGCGUGGACGCUGGUUCAGACCGGCCCGAGCGCAGGCGAGGACCAGGAUGAGCCGGAGGAGCUGGACUUCAUGUUCGACGAGGAGAUGGAGCAGAUAGAUGGCCGACGCAACACUUUCACCGACUGGUCAGAUGAGGAUUCGGACUGUGAAAUCAACGAUCAAGACGUCAACAAGAUUCUGAUUGUCACGCAGACGCCGCCGUACCUGCGCAAGCAUCCCGGAGGAGACCGGACGGGGAACCACACCUCACGCUCCAAACUGACCAGCGAACUGGGCAAAGUCAUUAACGACGGACUUUAUUACUACGAACAAGACCUCUGGGACGACACGUACGAGCCUGAGUAUGCCACUAUCAAGCAAGAAGUGGAGAACUUCAAGAAGGUGCACCUGAUCAGCCGAGAGCAGUUCGACUGUCUGACCCCUGAACCUCCCGUCGACCCCAACCAGGAGGUUCCUCCCGGCCCCCCGCGGCCCCAGCAGAUCCCCACAGAAGCCUUGGCCAACAAGCUGUUCGGAGCACCUGAGCCGUCGGCUAUCGCCCGCUCUCUUCCUACUACAGUGCCUGACUCUCCCAGCUACCGCACGCCUCGCACGCCCCGCACGCCACGGCUCAAGGACCCCACGCAGACACCCCGCUUCUACCCCGUGGUGAAGGAGGGACGGCCGCUGGAUGCUAAAACGCCUCGCAAGCGAAAGACGCGGCACAGCUCCAAUCCGCCCAUGGAGUGUCACGUGGGCUGGGUGAUGGACUCCAGAGAGCACCGCUCACGCACCGCCUCCGUCAGCUCGAAUGCGAGUCCGUCUGAAGGCACCGCAGCGAUGGGUAAUUACGGCUGCACUCCUCAGUCUCUCCCGAAGUUCCAGCAUCCGUCGCACGAGUUACUGAAGGAGAACGGAUUCACGCAGCACGUUUAUCACAAGUACCGGCGGCGCUGCCUCAACGAGCGCAAGCGGCUCGGCAUCGGCCAGUCUCAGGAGAUGAACACGCUCUUCCGCUUCUGGUCCUUCUUCUUGAGAGAUCACUUCAACAGAAAGAUGUACGAGGAAUUCAGACAGCUGGUGGUGGAGGACGGGAAGGAAGGCUACAGGUACGGUCUGGAGUGUCUCUUCAGGUUUUACAGCUAUGGACUCGAGAGGAAGUUCAGACCAGACAUAUUUAAAGACUUUCAAGAGGAGACCAUUAAAGACUAUGAAGCAGGCCAGCUGUACGGACUCGAGAAGUUUUGGGCCUUUCUGAAAUACUCUAAAACAAAGAACAUGGAGAUUGACCCCAAGCUGCAGGAGCAUUUAAGCAAGUUCAAGCGUCUGGAGGACUUCAGGGUGGAUCCACCCAUGGAGGACGGCGGGCGUAAGAGACACCCUUCCAGCGGCGAUGGCCGUCGCCGUCAUCCUUCCCAGCAGUCUAGCCGAACCCAGACACAGGGCGCUUCAGGCUCCGCCCCUUCUGCUGGAGCUCCUCCCACCAGAGAUGAUGCCAAACCCCCGAGCCAGCGAGCAGCUGCGCAGGACGCCAAGCCGCCCAAAUGAGCGCCUGACCCGUCCAUCAGGGGUCAGACCGACCGCACAAGCAUGACACAACGGCUCACGAUCGUCAAAUCAAGGCUCUUCCACCUCCUCCUCCUCGUUCACAGCAUCUGUGCGUCACAAAUGGACAGCAGAGGGCAUGAGAUAUUCUUCCAUUCUUUGUUUUAUUAAAGACUUUGAAGUUUUAUUCCUCUUGUAUCUCUGGGGUACAAAAAGGCUUUUGUUGAAUCUUUCUGCUUUAUAUCCUCACUGUUUUAUUUGGCUGAACGACGCCUGAUCUUGUUCUUUUUUUCUUGUAGAGCGUAAGGAUUGUGUUGCUCUUGACUAGAGUAGGUACUCAGAAAAUCAUGCGGAUGCUAUAGAUCUGCAGUUGUUUGAGCGAGAUGAUUGUAUGUUACCUGGGGUCGCACCGUAAGCUUGGGCUUCACUGUGACGCUUGCCAGAUCCUCUCGUUUUCUUCGGUCUGUUACAGAAGACUCUUUUAGCUUCAGCCACCUGCGGUCAGUUCACAGACCAGUCAUUCCUCAGCACAUCGGAGACUCCCGGCGCCGCUAACCUGUCCCUCGUUCACCGGCAGAUUUCCCAGAUCUAGUGCGAGUGUGUCCCGGCCGAAUGGGAAUCAUUACCAGAGUGUUAAUCCUAGUGUACAUAUGAAUUCAAGAAAUGAAGAGACAUUACACCACCUGGCUGUACGUGUCAUUUAUUGUUCAUAGAGAUAUAUUUGCCUUACGUGUGCAU